CUUCUCGCCAUGCAGCGGAACUGAUGCCUGCAUGGGCGGAGGUUUUUCACGGCUACACUUUCGUCCUCCGCUCAAAUGUGUCCUCCAGGUAACGCUUACAACACUGACUGUGUGGUUGAUUAUGACCAGUCCGGAGUCGUGAGGGUCAUGGAAACUUAAUUGCAGUACCUCGACGGACAGAUUCGGCCGGAGAGAAUACGCAGCAGAGAGUCAGCACGGUGCACUGAAACGGGAUGGCGUCCCCUUCACCCCAUGACCGCAGCCGGAAAGAUGAUGAGGACGACCCAGUUGAACGGAUGAUAUCCCGCACCGGCUGCGCCGAGCAACAUUAUGCUGUCCAAGAGUGCAUGGCUGAAUACCAGGAUUGGCGAGAAUGCCGGAACCAGGUCCAGACUUUCAAAGACUGCAUGAUGAAUUUCCAGAAUGCCCGGAAAGAACAGCUGAUGAAGCAGCAGACAACUUCCACUGAGUCUGCGCCCAGCUGAACUCACCAAAUCACGCACACACUGGCUGGGGUGCGUUCAGGACCUGCUUCACAUGGUUGAGGUGGAAAGACUGCACCUAAUAAUUUGUGAUGAAAAUAAAAUAUAAGCAGCUACAUAAAAUCCUGGCUUUAAUUUUCCAGUGUGUGGUGGAGAAGGGACCAAUAAUGUGAUUUGUCGGUCAACGUAAAUGUAUCACAGACUUUUCAUAUCAGUUUAUACGUUGGCUCAUAAGUAUCAAGAAAUUGAAGUACAGAAAUGAUACAGACAUGUUUAAGGAAGUAAAUUUUUCAAUUGUACAUCCCACUUAGUGCAUAUUUUGAUAACUACUGUUUAAAAACAAAUGUGAGGGUUCCAUAAGGGUCAAUAAUGUUUGUUUACGGUUAAAAAACCAAAAAACUGAUCUGCUUUAGAAAUCGAGUAUGUGUCAUUUGGAGUGUAUUGGUGGCGUCAGAUUAACACUUCUUUCACAGAUGUUUCAAAGAAGCGCAGAACACUUAGACAUGCAGUUAACCUACAUCUCUACUGUAUUUCUAAGGUGAAAUGUCAUGGAUGGGAAAAAAACCCCAAAAACUAAAGAAAACACUUCCACUGCUUGCUUGAUAGCCUGAGGCUUGAGCGUACGUGCUCAGUUCAGGAGUGUUUGCUUAUUUAUUAAUGUUCGGUCAGUUGUUCUGAGUUUGAUUAACUUUAAUAUAUUUAUGGCCUCCAGUACUGCCUCUAAACCCCAGCAUUUCUUCCUGGCUCAGUAACUCAACACUAUGAAUCUUCUUGUUAGUUUAUUUGCAUCUCUUUUAGCUGAAGAAUAGUCUCCCAAGAGGCCAACCCUCACAGUUUCAAAUCAUCAACAGUCUUUUGUGUUUCAAAUUUAAAACAUUAACACUGAACUUGAAGACCUAUUGGAAAUUGGGGUUCCUGUGUGGCAUAAUAACUAAAUCUGCGAAUUUAUCUUCACAAUCAAUUCACUUUGUUUCCAUUUAGUCGGGCAAUAAAGCAUAUGUCAUAAAUAUAAAGGAAUAAAUAAGUAAAGAUAUUUAAAUAAA